AUGUGGGCCGGCGGCGUGGGGAGUCCUCGGCGGGGCCCGGCCCCUGCGCCCACCGAUGACCUCUUCGCCCGCAAGCUGCGCCAGCCGGCGCGGCCCCCGCUGACGCCACACACCUUCGAGCCCAGGCCAGCCCACGGCCCGCUCCUGCGCAGCGGCAGCGAUGCGGGCGAGGCCCGGCCCCCGACACCGGCCAGCCCUCGCGCCCGCGCCCACAGCCACGAGGAGACCGGCCGCCCCGCCGCGCCCCCCGCCCGCUUCUUCUCCGACCCGCUGGCGCUGCUGGGGCUGCCGGUUGAGGAGCCAGAGCCCGAGUUCCCGCCCGUGCCCGAGCCCCGCUGGUUCGCCCACUAUGACGUGCAGAGCCUGCUCUUUGACUGGGCUCCGAGGCCCCGGGGGACGGGGGGCCACGCAGAGGCGGGCUCUGGGACACCCGCCUCGUCUCAGGACCAGACUGCGGGCUCCGACCUGCUGCUUGAGGCGCCUGGCUUCGUGAGUGAGCUCGGGGGUGAGGGCGAGCUGGGACUGGGUGGACUGGUGUCUCCACCUGUGCCCCCCUCACUGCCCAACGCGGCCGUGUCCGUCCUGGAGGAGCCACAGAAGCGAACCUCGGCCUACAGCCUGGAGCACGCAGACCUGGGCGCUGGCUACUACCGCAAGUAUUUCUACGGCAAAGAACACCAGAACUUCUUCGGACUGGACGAGGUGCUGGGCCCGGUGGCAGUGAGCCUGCGGCGGGAGGAGAAGGAGAGCAGCGGAGGGGGCUCUCUGCACAGCUACCGCAUCAUCGUGCGGACCACGCAGCUCCGGACCCUCCGCGGCACCAUCUCGGAGGACGCGCUGCCUCCAGGGCCCCCGAGAGGCCUGUCCCCGAGGAAGCUUCUAGAGCACGUGGCAUCACGGCUGAGCCUGACCUGCCUGCGCCUGGGGUCAGCUUCACCGAAGGUGCCCCGUACGCUGCUUACGCUGGACGAGCAAGUGCUGAGCUUCCAGCGCAAGGUGGGCAUCCUGUACUGCCGGGCGGGCCAGGGCUCGGAGGAGGAGAUGUAUAACAACCAGGACGCAGGACCCUCCUUCAUGCAGUUCCUCACCCUGCUGGGUGACGUGGUGCGGCUCAAAGGCUUUGAGAGCUACAGGGCCCAGCUGGACACCAAAACGGAUUCCACGGGCACGCACUCCCUCUACACCACGUACCAGGACCAUGAGAUCAUGUUCCACGUGUCCACGAUGCUGCCUUACACCCCCAAUAACCAGCAGCAGCUCCUGCGGAAGCGCCACAUUGGCAACAACAUUGUGACCAUCGUGUUCCAGGAACCCGGCAGCAAGCCCUUCUGCCCCACCACCAUACGCUCGCACUUCCAGCACGUAUUCCUAGUCGUGCGGGCCCACGCGCCCUGCACUCCGCACACCUCCUACAGGGUGGCUGUGAGCCGCACCCAGGACACCCCGGCCUUUGGGCCAGCUCUGCCCCCUGGCGGAGGUCCCUUUGCGGCCAACGCCGACUUCCGGGCCCUCCUGUUGGCCAAGGCGCUCAAUGGCGAGCAGGCGGCGGGCCAUGCACGCCAGUUCCACGCCAUGGCCACGCGCACGCGCCAGCAGUAUCUGCAGGACCUGGCCACCAACGAGGUGACCACCACGUCGCUGGACUCGGCUUCCCGUUUCGGCCUGCCUUCCCUGGGCGGGAGGCGGCGGGCGUCCCCCCGGGGCCCGGGCGCUGAGCUGCAGGCGGCAGGGGCGCUGGUGUGGGGCGUACGCGCGGCGCCCGGGGCGCGGGGCGCGACCGGAGCCGAGGCGGGCGGCCCUGACAGCGCAGAGGUGCCAUGCCUGCUGGGCAUCUCGGCCGAGGCGCUGGUGCUGGUGGCGCCGCGCGACGGCCGCGUAGUCUUCAACUGCGCUUGUCGCGACGUGCUGGCCUGGACGUUCUCCGAGCAGGAGCUCGACCUGUACCACGGCCGCGGGGAGGCGAUCAUGCUGCGGUUCGACGGGCCCCCCGGCCAAGCCGUUGGCGAGGUCGUGACGCGCCUGCAGCUGGUGAGCCGCGGCUGCGAGACCCGCGAGCUGGCGCUGCCCCGCGACGGCCAAGGCCGCCUGGGCUUCGAGGUGGACGCUGAGGGCUUCGUCACGCACGUGGAGCGCUUCACGUUCGCGGAGACGACGGGGCUGCGGCCCGGGGCGCGCCUGCUGCGCGUGUGCGGCCAGACGCUGCCCAGUCUCGGCCCCGAGGCCGCUGCCCGGCUGCUGCGCUCGGCGCCCAAGGUCUGCGUCACCGUCCUGACCCCCGACGAGAGCGGCCGGCCCCGCAGGAGCUUUUCGGAGCUGUACGUGCUGUCUCUGCAGGAGCCCAGCCGGCGGGGGGCUCCCGAGCCGGUGCAGGAUGAGGCCCCAGCAGUGGCCCUACUGCCCACCACGAAGCAGCUGCUGCAAGUGUGCCUGAACGAUGGCAGUGGUCCUCCAGGGCCCGGGGACCUGGCCGAGGAGAGGACCGAGUUCCUGCACAGCCAGAACCCUCCGUCACCCUGCAGCUCCCUGUCCGACGAGGCCCCAGUCCUGCCCAACACCACCCCGGACCUCCUCCUUGCCACCACGGCUAAGCCGGCAGCACCCAGUGCUGGCAGGGAGACACCCCCCAUCCAGGACGGGCCAGGCAGCCCCAGUGGCUGUGAGGACAGGGGUGACCCAGCCCCGGAACUGAGGGCCUCCUUCUUGCCACGAACCUUGUCUCUGAGGAACUCCAUCAGCAAAAUCAUGUCAGAGGCGGGCAGCGAGACCCUGGAAGAUGAGUGGCAGUCCAUCUCAGAGAUCGCCUCCACCUGCAACACCAUCCUGGAGUCGCUCUCCCGGGAGGGGCCGCCCAUCCCAGAGAGCAGAGAUGCCAAGGGAACUCCAAAAUCUGACGCUGAGCCAGAACACGGGAGCCUGUCUGAGAAGGUCUCUCACCUGGAGUCCAUGCUCAGGAAGCUGCAGGAUGACCUGCAGAAGGAGAAGGCAGACAGGGCGGCCCUGGAGGAGGAGGUGCGGAGCCUGCGACACAACAACCGGCGGCUGCAGGCCGAGUCCGAGAGCGCGGCCACCCGCCUGCUCCUGGCCUCCAAGCAGCUGGGCUCCCCCACCAGCGACCUGGCCUGA